AUGGAAAAAUUGGGUAAGACCAAGGUAGAUCUCAUUCCAACUGAAUUGACUAUCUCUAACUUUGCUGGAACCAUUACUGCCAUUCAUGGCAUUUUUAUAAUAGAGUUGGAAGUUGGAUCCAAGAAUCUCAUGGUAUCUUAUCUAGCCGUGGACAACACGUCCUCUUAUCAUGCCUUGAGGGAGAUCAAGGAUUAUGAAAUAGUUAAAGCCGACCCAAAGCCAUUCCUACUGUUAGCCAAUAGUAUUGCUGCCAGAUUCUACAAUGAGGACAUUGCUCAUUUGACGGUUUCAAAGCUAAUCAAGAACGGCCACUCUCAGUACAACUUGAUGAAACAACUUGGUUUGGCGGGCCAUCUUACCACUUGGAACACAUGUGGCACGUAUAGGGAAAUGAAGUCCUACUUGGGAAGGUCCCUUCAUAAUUAG